CGCUGGCUCAACAGGAGCACGACCGUGAGUUCGUUGUCGUCCUCUCGUUGAUGAACUGCCAUGCAGACAGACGAGCUUGUUUCUUGUGCAAAAAGUGAUUUGUUGAGAUGUUGCGGCACUUUUCGUGUUCUUGUUGGCGUGACGGGAAGUGUGGCAGCCUUGAAGCUGCCUCUUUUGGUCACACAGCUUCUUCAGCUCCCCGGGGUGGAUGUAAGAGUGGUUACAACGGAGCAUGCCACACACUUCUACAAUCCUGAAGAGGUUUCAGUCAAAAUCUACAGUGAUAAGGAUGAGUGGGAGAUGUGGACUCAGAGAUCUGACCCUGUGCUGCACAUUGAGCUAAGGCGCUGGGCAGACCUACUUGUCAUUGCUCCCUUAGAUGCAAACACUCUUGGAAAGAUUUCUAACGGCAUUUGUGACAAUCUGCUGACAUGUGUGGUUAGAGCCUGGGAUCUGAGUCGCCCUCUCCUCUUCUGUCCUGCAAUGAAUACAGCUAUGUGGCAACAUCCGAUUACAGCCCAGCAGGUAUCCAAGCUGAAAGAGUUUGGAUAUGUGGAAAUCCCCUGCAUUGCUAAGAAACUUGUGUGUGGAGAUGAAGGUAAAGGAGCCAUGGCAGAGGUAGCAACUAUCAUCGGUUUUGUUGAACAGUAUGUUCAGAAACCAGAUGAGUCAUCUGAGACAACAUGAACAUCACAUCACCUGGCACCAUAGUCCA